AUGAUUGCCGCUGGAGCUUGUUUCUCCCCGAUCUUCCGCCGCAAGCAACCGUCUCAGGCCAUGAAACUCAAGUCCUACGGAUUUCGGAGCAUAGCCCCCGCGUGCUUCGCUAUGUCAGUCCAUAUUCGAGCUCCGGCUACGGAGAAGAGGAAGCAGAGACAGAGCGGUUGGAAGGAAUAUUUGGAGCAAGCGAAAGAGUUGAUAGAAGAAGAUGGUGGACCUCCGCGGUGGUUUUCGCCGUUAGAGUGCGGUUCGCAGUUGGAGAAUUCUCCUCUCAUGCUCUUCUUGCCAGGUCAGUCAUUGUUUUGUUGUUAG